AUGUCCACGCCAGAAGAGACACUCGGCAUAGCCGGCAGCGUUUAUGCUGAUAAAUGGAAAAGCUCCAUUCACACCACUCUCACUGUACUUAAGACGCUCCUACAGAUUAGAGGUCAUAAACUGGAAGAUAUCAUCCGGGAGCCAACGCUUCUAGAAAGCAACCGUGCCCAAGUCAAAGAGGCAAUCAAGGAAGCAUGCGACAACAAGGACGUUGUCCUAGACGCUCUCAUGCCAGAUUCAUUUUCUGGUACCUGCACAGCCUUCGCUAUAUCUAUGAAAAAUGCCCUUGAAUCUCAGUUCGGCAUGACUGGGCUUAAGAUAGGACAUAGCAAGCGCGGUCAUCGCGCCCUAUUCCACCCUGACGGAUUAGUGGUGGAUUCGUCAGCCAAUGCUGCAUUUCUGCUAGACAAGGGAAAUCCAAUCCAUGAGACUCCUUCGUGGAGCUGGAGACUUGAGGAGAGCAUUCUCCAGCAUCGGCACAAUUCCGAUAAGGGCCCCAAGUGUUCAUCAACCAAAAGAACUGUCAUCUUAAUCCGCAAGGUCAAGGACAGUGCUGAGAAUCCACUCGGGUUUUCCCAAAGAAUCACCUGGGAUCACAAACAGCACACCCUCUCCUUUGAAGAAUGGAGCAAAAUUCCUGAUAGAAAAGCGUUAGUGAUGAGAUUUGGGGCUGGCGACCAAGAAGACGAUGACGCGGCCAAAACAUGGGUCUUCAAGUUCAUGAACCAAGAUGAUGGGACUGGACGCACUUACCAACAGAGAUUGGAGGAUGCCGGUGUCCUCGAAAUUGUUAGCGACAUCAUUGAGAUUAGCACUAAUGUUUACGGGCUCUCUUCAUACAGUGACUCUUGA